AUUCAUUCAUUCAUUCAUUCAGUCAUUGACACUGAAGAGCGAUGCUGCUGUGGAGUUUAGGCAGUGAGCUGCUGCGGGCCCGUGAACAUCUGCACAUCCAAUGGAGCUGCGCGAAUGCGCAUCAAACUCCGGCCUAUUACUUAUCGCAUUUAUUAUCACUCAUAUGAUCUUUCGGGAUGGACGACGACCUGGUGUGUGAAUAUGACUCCACCUGGGACACGGAGAGCGACGGGGAUGAGCUGCAGGACACCGGCCGCAUUAAAAAAACACGGCCCACAUUCUGGUCCAACUCUUCUUCAAGAAACCUGAGGGCAGCCAAAGACAUGCAGAACUACAGGCAUGGAUAUCCAAAUAUCAAUGAAGAGGAAUGCCCAGAAGAAAGAAUGACCAAUUUAAAAUUCUAUCUCAAUGAACUUAAGUCAUCCCCUGAUGAUGUGUCAAUUGAGACAUUUCAUACGGAGUGGAAAACUGAUUACAAAAGACUGGAGAGAGUUCAUUCCUACAUUCAGUGGUUGUUUCCCUUGCGAGAGCCGGGAGUGAACUACAUGGCUGCAGAGCUCACCAAGAAGGAAAUCCUGGCCUUCAGGGAGAGCGAUGAAGCCAAGAGUCGUCUGGUGGAUUCAUAUGACCUCAUGCUGGGUUUCUAUGGAAUACAGCUGCUGAACAGAGACACUGGAGAGGUGAAGCGAGCUGACAACUGGAGAGAACGAUUUGCCAAUCUAGAGAGAAACAUGCACAAUAACCUCCGGAUUACCAGAAUCCUCAAGAGCCUGGGAGAGCUUGGUUUUGAGCAUUUCCAAGCCCCUCUCGUACACUUUUUCCUUGAGGAGACCCUUGUCAGGAAGACUCUCAGCAGCAUGAAACGCAGCGUGCUCGACUACUUCCUGUUUUCUGUGCAUGACAAGCAUGAGCGCAGGAAGCUGGUCCACUUCGCCUUUCAGCACUUUGAGCCCAAAGACAAGUUUGUGUGGUGCCCCAGAAAAAUACAGAAACGCUUCAAGAAAAAGUCUGAGAAGCGGCAAAACUCUUUAGUUGGCAACGGAGAGAGUCCAGCGAACGAUGAAGGUCACAUGAGGCAUAAAAAUAAGGAUGGAGAAACCACAAGUGAACUAAAACAUGGCAACCGAGAAUAUGACAUUAUAAAAACUAAGAAGCAAGCUGAAGGUCACUCUUUUAUGUGCGUAGACUCUGAAAAACAGUCAGAGUCCUCAGAAGACCUUGAGCCAAAUCUGGAAAGUUCUUCAGUAGAUUUACCUCUUAACAAUGGUACCAUGGUUGACAAUGGAGAGAUGGACAUCUGUACUGAUGAACCAAGCGGUGUAGAAGGCCAACAAGCGAUAGAUGAUAAAAUCAGUGUAGGUGGGUUGACUGAGAUUACUCGAGUGGCAGAACAAAUACUGGAGCUUGAAACAGAUCAGGAGGUCUCAAAAAUGAAGUGUGAAUGUGUAGCUGGUUCUAGCACCAUUUCAGCUAAAUGCAAUGAUGCUCGGGAUGAUAUAGAAAGUCUAAACUGUCCAGUCGAAUUUCAUGGAGCAACCUCAGGCACAAGAAUAGAGAGGACAGUGCCUGAAAGAUCUGCACACAAUUCAACAACACAGUCUUCACAGAAGCUUCCCAGAUCUGACUUUGAAAAUACAUCUGGAGUGACAGCUCAUAAAGAGACAGAAGAAACGAUGAACAUCCAAUUGGUGGAGAACAAUGAAAACAAUUAAAUAAACUGCAACCAAUCAAAUGGACCACAUAAGAAAGAGCCAGUGGACAUGAAUGAUUCCUGAAUACUGUAAAACAAGAACAAUGAAAUGCUUUAUAAACCUAACAUUAUUAUGACACAAGAAUUGACUGGUUAUUUUUUAAAUAAGGGAUUCAUUCAAACAUGAUUUUCUUUGUGUAUCAGUUUAAUUCCAAAUGCCAUAUGUAAACUUCUCUGUCCGUUUAUUCUAGUUUGUUUAUUUGUCCAAACUUUUGUUGUUAUUUUCAUUUAGGUUUAUUUUUUUUCCAAUUCUGAGAAAGACCUAUUGUUACACUGAAACUGUGAAAGAAGAAUGUAAUAAUUAAACUAACUUGAAACAAUUAUUAAUAACAAUAUUUACGUAGUGAAUAUAUAUGUAUAGACAGGUUACUGGUUUUGAGCAGGUAUUUCUCUACUGAUGCUGUCCAGAACUCUUGAAUGAAGAAAGCUGAGCAUUAAGAAUGUUUUUAUUGAUGAAAUUGUUUUUAUUUAUAACCCUGAACUCAAAUGGUGGCUAGUCAAAAGGGGCCUUUGUUUUACAAGAAACCAGCUAGUGGAAAUGCUUGGGUAAUAAUGUUUUAAUAUUUGGAAUUGGUAUAAAGAAAAAUUCCAGUUGAUCUUCAUAACUCUGCAUCUCUUUAACCAGAAUUGACAAAAAAAGUUCAAAUUCAAAAAGAGCUGGAAUUGUAAGAUGGUGAUGUUCAAAAGAAAAUCAUAAAUAACUGUAAGCUCAUUGUUUGUUUGUUGUUGAUGUUUUGUUUUGUUUUUUACAGUUAUGUCUUAUAUUGACAAGCAUAAGCACAGCUGUACUUAGUGCUACUUUAUACCUGUCAGCUGUUAGAGGGAUUGAUUUGGAUAUCAGAUACCUAAAUAGAUCAUAUUAAUUUCACAGAUCAAUAAUGUGAAAUGAAUAUGAUAAGAAAACAGCAUUAAAAGAAUAGAAUGUUCAGGGCCUGUAUUAACACCAAAUUUUUCAUUAAAUCACUUUCUGUCCACCGUAUAUUAUUCUACUGUUAUUUUCAAAACUAAUUUCUUCUAUUAAGGUUCCCUGCACACGUGAUUAUAGGCAUUUUAAAAACAAUAAUAAAAGUGUUUGUUUCAUUUUG